AUGUUAUUCAAGACAUCUCUUUACAAUGGUGAAUAUCCUAUCUAUGGGGCGAAGUUUUUAGACGAGAAUACUCUGUUAAUCGGCGGUGGUGGUGGUGAAGGUAAUAAUGGUAUCCCAAAUAAAUUGACAACAUUCAAAAUUGAUUUAUCAAACCAUAAAACACCUUUAAAAAAGCUUAAUGAAAUUGAGUUGGACCCUAAUGAUGACUCUCCAACAUCUCUAGACGCAUCUCAUAGAAUUAUUGUGAUAGGUUGUAACGAAAAUAGUAAUAAGGUUAAGGCAAAUUCAGGAAAUAAGCAUGUAAGGAAAUUCAAAAUCAAUCAAAGUGGCCAAAUAAAUUUUGUAAAAUCUGAAGAUUUUGAUAAAUCAAGAGAUCCUGAUGACUACACAAAAUUAGUUUAUCUAUCAAGAGAUGGUACUUUAGCAGCAGUCGCAUCAAGUAAAGUUCCCUCUAUCAUAAGAAUAAUUGAUGCUGAUGAUCUAACGGAAAUUUAUGAGAUUGACAGUCCAAAUGAAGUCAAGGACCUGCAUUUUUCAUCUAAUGGCAAAGUGCUCGCUUACAUAACACAAACAUCCUUAGAAGUCAUCUCUACCGUUACUGGAACAUCAAUUGUAAGAAAAGUUGAUUUUGACAGCAAUUGGAGCCUAUCGAAAAUUAGAUUUAUUGAUGAUGAUGACUCUAUAUUAAUUGCAGCAUCUUUAAUCAAAGGCACAGGUAUCAUUUUAAUCAAACUCAACGUUAAGAGCGGUAAAGUUUCAAUUUCUAAAUCUAAAGUGAUCAGUAAGAAGUUUAGAGGAAUAACAUCAAUGGAUUUGGACCUAAAAGGACAAAUUGCGGCCUUCUCAACUAACGACAAUUCAGUUAUCCUAGUUAAAAUGAAAGAUUUAUCAAUCGGUAAAAUUUUCAAUCAAGUUCACAGUUUUGCGGUUACUAAAGUAGCCUUCUCGCCAGAUUCAAAGUAUCUAGCAAGUGUCUCAGCAUCAAACAGUGUGCAUAUUGUACAAUUACCUCAGAAUUAUUCAGAAUCGUUAUCGCUGUUUGAGAAUAUAAUCAAUUUUAUCAAGUAUGCCCUUCUAAUAUUACUAAUUAGUAUGAUCGUGCAAUACUCUUAUCAGCAUAAUAUGCAUGCAAAAGUGUAUGCUUACAUUAUGGAUAAUGUAUUAAGUCCUAGGGAGGCCAAUGCGCCAAAGAUGCUUACAAAAACCAACUAUUUAGAACAGACUGCAUUAAUAGGUACUUAUACUGAAAGUUACUCGCCUUGA